AUAAAAAGAAAUUGAAAAAAAAAAAAAAAAAAAAAACCUAGGAAGAAAAGAAAGAAAAUAUAUAAGUAGGAAGACGUCUGGUAGUGUGAGCAUAUAUCCAGAGCUAGAGUCGGCGUCUUCAGUCCUCCUCCAAUCGAUCUUCGACUUCAUCUUCCCCAAAGUAAGAUUCGAAGCCGCAAAGAUAGAGCCAUCCGACCGUAAAAGGAAGAAAGCAGCUUCUUCCCUCGCAGCAGAUCAUUUGGACAAUAACAAAGACAAAAGGCAGAGAAGCACCAAGAGCAAAAAGACGAAAAUGUCCUCAUCGAAUCAGGUCAGGGCAUCCCACAUACUGAUCAAGCACCAAGGUUCCAGAAGAAAGGCCUCAUGGAAGGAUCCAGAUGGUGUUGUUAUCAGUAACACCACCCGAGAUGCGGCUGUCACUCAACUCAAGUCACUUCGUGAGGACAUUGUUUCUGGCAAGUUCACGUUUGACAAUGUUGCUACUCGCUUCUCUGAUUGCAGCUCUGCCAAGCGUGGUGGUGAUCUUGGCCCUUUUGGCCGCGGCCAGAUGCAGAAGCCUUUUGAGGAGGCAACAUUCUCUCUCAAGGUUGGGGAGAUAAGUGAAAUUGUGGAUACAGACAGUGGAGUUCAUAUCAUCCUGAGGACCGGUUGAUCAGUUGGAAGUGAAACUUGUUGAUUUUUGAGCAUCCAAGUUUAUCAGUAAUAUAUGGAUUGUUGCUUUCUUUUGUUAUUGCCAAUGACUAGCCAUUCAUAGUGUAUGAAGCAAAAUUGGCUAACUAGAUGGAUUUGAACACUUCUUUUGAUAACAUUUAUUAUGGGAAUUUUAUGGUUGUGAUUUGGAACUUUGGAUUUCCUAUGAAGUUUUAUUCUCUGUAUUUCAGAAUUCUGAUGUUAUGGCUAAUAAUAACUUUGAUCUGAAGUA